GGCGACGGGCCCGGACAUCAUCAGCGACCACCGACAUUGUCUGCGGGUUUCUUUCUCCGUGCUGCCGGGGGAUGCUUGGCGCCUGACUGUGCCUGUGCCGCAGCCGUCGUCGACGCCGCGCCCGGGACACGAAUGAAGAAACUGCUUCUCCUGCUCUUCAACUAUCGGGGACUCACGCGAGGGAGUGGACGCAGAGGGAAACGACGUCGAAAAUGGCCCCAUUCCAUCUCCGAGCCGCGCGGUCCGAGGACUGCGCCGACCUGCUGCGCCUCAUAAAGGAGCUUGCUAAAUAUGAAGAAAUGGAGGAUCAAGUAGUACUGACUGAAAAAGAUCUGCUUGAGGAUGGCUUUGGAGAACACCCUUUCUACCACUGUCUUGUUGCAGAAGUACCAAAAGAACACACAACACCUGAAGGAUACAGUAUUGUGGGUUUUGCCAUGUAUUACUUCACUUAUGAUCCAUGGAUAGGAAAACUGCUGUAUCUUGAAGACUUCUUUGUGAUGAAAGAGUUCAGAGGUUUCGGCAUUGGUUCUGAAAUUCUCAAAAAACUUAGUCAGGUGGCUGCCAAAUGCCGUUGUAGCAGUAUGCACUUCUUGGUGGCAGAGUGGAAUGAGCCUUCCAUCAGUUUCUACAAGAGACGGGGAGCUUCUGACCUGUCAUCAGAGGAAGGAUGGAGACUCUUCAAAAUAGAUAAGGAGAACUUGAUGAAGAUGGCAGCUGAAGAAUGAGGAGUCUUGUCUUGACCAGUAGCUAAAUUCAUACAAUAGCCUCUCUUUGAAUGUGUUCUAUCUUGCUUCUGAAAUAAUUAGAAUGGACCCUAUUUCAAAGGCUUUGUUACCAGUGGCAUUGUGGCAUAAAUGAUUGUGCUCUGGAGUUCUGCAACCUUAGUACUGCAGGCAGUGACAGCUGUGGAGUCAGAUUUAUUUGCCCGUCUCCACCUUCCAACCAGUACACUUGUGAUCCUAAAAUGUAUAUUGUAGUAACUUCAUUCUUGUAAGUGUCAUUCAAUUGUGUACAAUGUACACACUGGUAGGGGUUUUGUUUUAAUUAUAUUUACAUAAAAUAAACUUUUUCAUGGUUGUGA